CAGUGCCAGGCAGAUUCGAGUUCGACGCUCGCUGAGUUCAAGUUGUGUUUCCUUUCCAUCGGCCACUGCACAUCUUGACCCGGUGUAAAGGUUGACCAAAAACACCACCCGUCAGUCACAAUGCCUCAGAACGAAUAUAUCGAGCGCUGGACAAAACAGCACGGCAAACGGCUCGACCAUGAUGAACGAGUGCGGAAGCGGGAGGCCAGAGAAGGCCACGCCCAGUCCGAAAAGGCACAGAACCUUCGUGGGCUGAGAGCCAAACUCCAUCAGAAGAAGCGUCAUGCCGAGAAGAUUCAAAUGAAAAAGGCCAUCAAGGCCCAAGAAGAACGAGAUGUCAAGUCCGCUGCGCCCAACGAACCCUCUUCCACCCCUCUUCCCAAUUACCUGCUUGAUCGGUCGCAGGCGAACAAUGCAAAGGCUCUUUCGAGCGCCAUUAAAAACAAGAGAGCUGAGAAGGCCGCCAAGUUCUCUGUGCCACUACCCAAGGUGAAAGGCAUCAGCGAGGAGGAGAUGUUCAAGGUGGUCAAGACUGGCAAGAAGACGGCAAAGAAGAGCUGGAAGAGAAUGAUCACCCAACCGACCUUUGUUGGCCCAGACUUUACCCGACGGCCUGUGAAAUAUGAGCGCUUCAUCCGGCCCAUGGGUUUGCGAUACAAGAAAGCCAAUGUCACGCAUCCGGAAUUGGGAGUUACUGUGCAGUUGCCGAUCAUCAGUGUCAAGAAGAAUCCACAGAACCCGCUCUACACGCAGUUAGGAGUUUUGACGAAAGGCACAGUGAUUGAAGUCAACGUUUCGGAACUUGGCCUUGUCACCACGGGUGGAAAAGUCGUCUGGGGUAAAUAUGCGCAGGUGACCAAUGAUCCCAGUCGGGACGGUUGUCUGAAUGCGGUGCUGCUGGUGUAAAAUCAUUUGCUUUCAGCAUUGCAUGCUCGAGUACAGCGAUACAGGGAUUUCCCGGGAAACAAGCCAGAUAUUUUACGCCAACCCCAUGCUCCCAAUGCCAGCAAUUUGGUAGAAGUCACGACAUCUCAGAGGAAUGCUUGCAGGUCAGUCUUGUGCAAGCCGGCCUCCAAAACCCAAAGCACGAAACUAAAGGAGCCAAUGCUCCAUAACGCAGUCACAACUGUUCAGCGAAGAUGCUAUGCUCGGAAUAUCCCAUGGCCUUGACGGCAAUCUUUGCACUUUGAAGAACUCUUUCCUUCAGGCUAAGGGUCUGGCCAGGCUUCUCGACUAAAAAUUCAAACACAUCAGCAUCAGCAUUUGCUAUUUCUAAAAUGCCACAGGAAAACAGUGCAGCCCACACGUGGCCCGUGACUUUGGAAUUCAGAAAGUUUAAACGCUGCAGUACGACUCGACUUACAGACGUUACUGAUCUUGGCCAUUACUCCAUACGUCGCCUUGAAAUCGAAUGGCUUCAAAGCCUUCCAGAUCUGUAGGACCGUGUCCGGCGGCAGAGGGAUCAUGUUGGGAAUACUCCAGAGGAAUUGAUACGAAAUCGUAUCCCUUCUCUUCCCGGGGUUCGGAUUCUUCGCUGAGGCCACCGCAAAAAUGGUGUCUGCCACAAAUAGCGUUGGCAAUGAAGUGUUGGGCGGAGCGGAAUGCAGCACCAUACUGCCCGGGAAGUGGCCGCCGCAAAUAACGGCCGUGAGGCCCGGAAGGAGUUCGGUGGUGGGCUGGGUCAACAGUUUCAAUGUCGAGGUUUUGGUUCCGUCUUUACGAUUCGCCCAGACAGAGUCGACCUCGGUCAUGUAAAUUGGACAAUGGAACGUUGCAGACCAAUCUGCCCAUGUUCUAAAGAAGUCAAAAAGUCGGUAUUUGAUCGGCAAGGCAAGACAAGACAUGGUUUACGACAUUCUUCUUUGCUUUUGAGGGUCGGCGUAAAGGAAAAGUAUGGUUUUGUUGUUUCUACGCCGUCGUCUUCUUGCGAACAGAACAGACCACUUACGUGUAGAAAUGUGGAUGAGAUAUGAUGAUACACUUCAACCCG